AUGGAUACAGAUGACCUGUUCAACAACGAUGAUGUUGAUAUGAUUGAGGAAGAAGAGGACGAAGAGGAGGAAGAGGAGGAAGAAGAGACCGUUCAACAGCUGGAGGAGAUGGACGAGGUAGAAGAAGAAGAGGACGAAGAAGAAGAGGACCGUCAGGAUGAAGAAGACGAGGAAGAAGAAGAGGAAGAAGACCAAAUGGACCAAGAUGAGGACGAGGAUGAAGACGAGGAAGGAAUUAAAUCUGCGAGUGCCAAAAAGACCAAAUCGAACCAAUCGUCUGCCUCUGAGAUAAGCGAAGACAAAUCUGUCAGAUCGGAAAUACUGAGAAAGGCCAAAAAUGCAAACUCUUACGAUUUCAAUCCAUUUGUUGCGAUUCUCCAGGCCACAAAUAUACAUACUCUCGCCCUUACGAAAGGACUGAAGUGGCUGUAUACUGGAGGAGAAGAUGGGUUCAUUAGGAGAUACGAUUUCAUAUCCACGAUCGAGAGGAAAUUGCCGCUCACAGUUGCCCAGAAACACUCAUUACAAGACACAAUUACCAGUGCUGGGAUAAUAUCGUCAUAUUGGGAGAACGAACAACCGAUCAAAAAGAGCGAGUUGAAGCCGAACGAGGCAACUUACGACCCCAGAUUGUCGCCCGUAUACGCUCUUGCAGUGCAAAGCGAGUCUUUGUGGUGUCUUUCUGGUCUGGCAUCCGGUGGAAUCACUCUCCAGAGUGUAAGGUAUAACGAGGGUUCGAUAUUACACUAUUUUGAGCCCACUGAUAGAAAGCAUGCAAAGCUGCAUGAUCCAACUUCGCUGAAACAACAUUACGAGGCCAUCAGCAUUCUUAAGCUGAAUAAGGAUGAGACCAAGUUUCUGAGUGGAUCUUGGGACUGCAACGUGCUGCAAUGGGAUCUAAACACGGGGAAAGUGGUGAAUGGCUUCUAUGGCUCUACGGGCCAGAUCUCGAGCAUGGAGUUCAGACCCGUGGGAGGAUGCAACAUACCCAGCAGUGGAGGAGAGGAUGAUCUCGAUUCCCUAUUUGGAGAUAGUGAUGAAGAAGAUGGGGACAAGUCGACCAAGGCCUCAAAAUCUCCAAGGUCUCCCAAAGAGACCCCAACCGAGUCCAACGAUCAGUUGACAAAGAUGAAGGAAGAGAUCCGGGAAACGCAAACGUCCAACUAUGAGGAAGCAAUAGUCACAUCCGACAACGUAUUUUUGACAUCAGCCAUUGAUGGAAGCAUAGAUAUCUGGGAUGACAGGAUAGCGAACAGAUCGAACAAAGUGCUGAAGAUAUCAAUCCCCAAGGGCACACCACCGUGGACAUCAUCAACGAGUUGGUCCAACGAUGGAAACUCGAUCUUUUCUGGUCGCAGAAAUGCUACUGUCGAGGAGUUUGAUCUGCGAAAAAUUGACAUGACCAAUAUAGAGGCCGUGAAGACGUUAAAAUUUCCACAGGCUUCGGGCUCUGUCUCUGUGGUAAGACCCAUGCCCAACGGAAAACAUCUACUGUGCGCCUCGGUGGAUAACAUCCGUCUAUACGAUUUGAGAUUGUAUGACUCGUACACAUCGUCAGCGUCUUCAGGAAAAGGUGGAAAGGUUCCUUUCAUGAUCAUUCCAGGACAUCAUGGCGGGACUCUGUCUCAACUGCUGAUAGAUCCAAGUUGCCGUUUUCUGGUGAGUGCCAGUGGAAAUCGGGGCUGGAAUGGAUAUUCAACCGAAAUGGCGUUGGUCUACGAGAUAGACGUUAAGGACUAG